GCGUCUCUCUCUCUCUCUCUCUCUUUUGCUUUUUUUAACACUCUCUCUCUUUCAUUCAUCAUCCUCAAAGGUCUCUUCUCUCCCCUCUUCCUAACUCUCGGAGCUUUUUUUAAUUCUUUUAUUCUCAGCUUCUUGAGGAGCUUAUCUAGCAAUGGAAGGAGUUCCAGGGGUCAAUCAUACUGUUCCAAAUCCUAACCAUUAUGACAAGUCAAUAGUGCUAGAUGUAAAACCACUGCGAAGUUUGAAACCUGUUUUUCCAAAUGGUAACCAAGGUCCACCUUUUGUUGGUUGUCCACCUUUUGGUCCUUCUUCAUCUGAGAAUUCUCCUUUCUACCCCUUUGGAGCACAACAACCAACGCAAGAUACUCCUGAUCUCAACCAAACUCAGGAAACACCUCUUCCAUCGUUUGUUCCACCUCUUCGGUCCUAUAGAACACCUACUGAAUCAAAUGGCCCCAGCAGCUCCAGUGCAACUAAAAGAGGAGUUGGUCGACCUAAGGGAAGUGGUAAUGUGAAGAAAAAAGAGAAGCAGGCUGCGGCCAAAGAGACGAAUUUGGAUUUUCAGGUAGUGAAAAGAUUUAGUGCAGAUUUUGAUAGUGGGAUCAGUGCAGCAGAGCGAGAUGAUGGAAAUGGGUACUUAGUAAGUAGUGUAUUGACGCGUUUUGAUGCAGUUAGGAGGCGGCUCGGCCAAGUAGAUUAUGCAAAGGCAGCCACUGCGAAAGCAGCCGGUACUCUGAUGAGCAAUGGGGUGCGGACAAACAUGAAGAAGAGAGUUGGAACGGUUCCUGGAAUUGAGGUUGGAGAUAUCUUCUUUUCCCGGAUAGAGAUGUGUUUAGUGGGUCUUCACAUGCAGACUAUGGCUGGCAUUGACUAUAUAACUAGUAAGGUUGGCUCAGGUGAAGAGCCUUUAGCAACUAGCAUUGUUUCCUCUGGACGUUAUGACGGUGACGCCCAGGAUCCUGAGUCCUUAAUUUACAGUGGACAAGGUGGCAAUGCAGACAAGAAUGGACAAGCAUCUGAUCAAAAGCUUGAAAGGGGUAAUCUAGCAUUAGAGACAAGUUUAAGGAAAGGCAAUGGAGUAAGAGUCAUAAGAGGGGAGGAGGAUGCAGCUACUAAGACAGGAAAGAUCUAUAUCUACGAUGGACUUUAUUCGAUCUCAGAGUCAUGGGUAGAGAAAGGCAAAUCUGGUUGCAACACAUUUAAAUAUAAAUUGGUGAGACUCCCUGGUCAACCACCUGCUUUUGGUGUCUGGAAAUCUGUUCAAAAGUGGCGGGAAGGUUUGACUACAAGACCAGGCCUUAUCCUUCCAGAUCUCACUUCAGGAGUUGAAAGUAAACCUGUUUCGCUUGUGAAUGAUGUUGAUGAGGAGAGGGGGCCUGCUUAUUUUACCUAUAUCUCCUCUCUAAAAUACUCGGAGUCCUUUAAACUAACUCCACCUGCAAUUGGCUGUUCCUGCAGUGGCUCAUGUUCACCAGGAGAUCUUAACUGCUCUUGUAUCAGAAAAAAUGGUGGUGAUCUCCCUUACCUUAAUGGGGUUAUGCUAGUGUCUCGGAGACCUAUGAUAUAUGAAUGUGGCCCAACGUGUCCAUGUCAUGCCAACUGCAAAAACAAAGUGAUUCAGACCGGACUAAAAUUCUGCCUGGAAGUGUUUAAGACAGAAAAUCGUGGUUGGGGUUUACGUUCGNAACACCUCUUCCGGCCCCAGCAGCUCCAGUGCAANUAUGCUGGUGAGAUCAAAGACAAAGGCAGGCUUAGAGAGUACCAAGAUGAGGAUGAGUAUGCUUUUGAUACAUCACGUGUUUAUAACUCGUUCAAGUGGAAUUAUGAGCCUNGCUGCGGCCAAAGAGACGAAUUUGGAUUUUCAGCCGGUACUCUGAUGAGCAAUGGGGUGCGGACAAACAUGAAGAAGAGAGUUGNUUUCAUGAAUCAUAGUUGCUCCCCCAAUGUUUUUUGGCAGCCUAUUGUUUGUGAAGGAAACGGUGAGUCGGUUAUCCACAUUGCUUUCUUUGCCAUGCGUCACAUUCCUCCAAUGGCGGAAUUGACUUAUGAUUAUGGGGUUUCUGCUACGCCCGAGGCCAGAGAUGGGAGCUUUUUACAAGGAAAGAGGAAAUGUCUGUGUGGAUCGGAGCAAUGUCGUGGUUCAUUUGGAUGAUCUGAGACUGUUUAUCUAAUUCAUACAAUCCGUUGAAUCCAUUUUCCAUUUGUCUCAAGACAUUGAUCCUUAUGUGUGUAGUAAUAAAGUACAAAACUGGUAGCGUUUGUUCUUCUUCGUAAGGUAAAAGUGGUUGUUGUUUUUGAAAAUCGUGUAUUGCUUGUUAUGUGACGAUGCAUAACAUAUCUAAUCUAUGUACUGGCGCCGCAUCGGCUUUAGGUUCAAUGCUCAUCAUUUUGGUAACAAGAAACUCUAUAAAGCGAUUUGGUUAUGUUUUAAGCUUUUUGUAACAUUUUGUGUUCACUGAAACUCACUGUAAGAAUGAAUCAAUGUUUGUUUGGU